AUCGUUUGACGCGUGGACAUAGUUGCGCAAAGACCGUGGCGGUUAGCCAAUCAAAACCAAAUGGGGCUCUUAAUCGUCGUCAUAAAGAAAAUUAUUUUGGAAGAGAAACCGGGGCCUUCGAAAUAGCUCUCAUGGCUUACGUCGAGCGAGGUGUUGUAAAAUCGAAACGAUCAAUAUGGCGACUGAAAACUAUCACUGAUUUGUUCUGGGCUAUUAUAAAUUUUAUUGGUGUCUUCUUCGCUACUAUGUUCUCGAUGGAAAAAUCAAAUGCUUACCGGAAAGGGUCUGGUUCUGGAAAGAAAUGGGAUGGUGGCCCAGGAGGGCCUGGAAGUGGACCAUAUGGUGGUGGGCCACGUGGUCCACCCCGAGGCUUAGAUAAUGUUCGCGGAAUUGACCAUAGUUCACUCCCUGCCUGUGGUUCCUGCUGCGGUUAAUUGCUGAGGCAUUUUUGUGGUGCUUUUUUCUACUGCUUUUGGUUUUAGAUGUAAUGUAAUAGAAGUUCAGUAUUUAACAUAUCUUUAUAGUGAGUUGUCAUAACAUAUACUUGUCAAUGAAUUGAAUCGAGAUCUUUUGCAAGUUCUAAAGGCAUAUCUUCUGAAUGUAUAGGUGCCUUGGCUGCUAGAUAAACAACUUUGUGCAAAUAAUGUGACAUUAUGCUCAUCUGCAUGGAAGGCAAUAAUGCUUCUAUAUUCA